UGAUGGUGGCGGGAAAUUCAAAGCGUGAUGUGUGUGCCAGCAGGGAUGGCGGGCAGGAUGCAGGACCGGAGCCUGCGGGAGGAGCUGACAUGUGCCAUCUGCUGCGAGCUCUUCCGAGAGCCCGUCAUGCUGGACUGCAUGCACCACUUCUGCAAGGCCUGCAUCCAGGGCUACUGGGAGAGCUGCACCCGCGUCCCCUCCUGCCCCCAGUGCCGCCGAGAGUUCCCCAGCCGGGCGUUCCGCACUCACUACCUCCUGGCAGGGCUGGUGGAGAAGGUGCGGCGCUGUGGCUCUGCGGAGCAUCGGCAGAAGAUGCAGAAGCACCUGGAAGACGCUCUGCAGGCUCGGCAGAAGGAGCUGGAGAACUUCCUGCGGAAGAAGCGUGCGGCGCAGGAGGAUAUCUGCAGCCUGACGAAGCUGUCUGGGGAUCUGAAGUUCAAGAUUCGGGCGGAAUUUGGCCGCCUUCAUCAGAUCCUGGAGGAAGAGGAGAGAGCUGCGCUGGCGGAGCUGGGGGAGAAGGAAGAGCAGCUGCUGGCCCAGCUGCAGGAGGAUGUGCGCCGGCUGGAGGAGGGAGUGUUGGUGCUGCAGAAGGACAUAGAGCACAUAGAGCACACCCUGAGCAAGGUGGAGGAGGUGUCACUGCUGGAGGUGGAGAGCCUGGAUAUCAGGCCCUCAGUGCGUGUUGAGACCCAGCCUGCCUUUGACCUGGAGCGCUACAGGGACAGCUGCAGCGGCCCCUUGCAGUACAUCUUCUGGAGACAGAUGCUGCAGUCUGUCUGCCCUGCUCCUGCCCCACUCACCUUUGACCCCGAGUCAGCCCACCCCAACCUGGUCUUCUCCAGAGACUUGACGGCAGUGACAGAGCGGGAUCGAGCCCGGGCCGUGCCCAGCAGCCCCCGGCGCUUCCGGCAGUGCGUCAACGUCCUGGGCUCGCAGACCUUCUCCAGCGGCCAGCACUACUGGGAGGUCUGGGUGGGCAGCAAAACCAAGUGGGAUCUGGGGGUGGCCGCCGAGGCUGUGGACCGGGCAGCGAAGGUCAAGCUGUGCCCGGAGAACGGCUACUGGACGCUGCGCCUGCGGAACAGGGCUGAGUACUGGGCCACCAGCACGCCCUGGGUGCGCCUGGCUCCGCGCCGGCCCCCCCGCAAAGUGGGGGUCUUCCUGGACUGCCAGGAGGGCACCGUCGCCUUCUUUGAUGCUGAGGACAUGUCCCACCUCUUCACCUUCCAUCAGGUGUCUGCAGAGAGGUACUGCCCCUUCUUCAGCACCUGCUUCAGCGACGGCAGGGACAACGUGGAGCCCAUGCGCCUCUGCCACCUGAACCUGUGAGGGAUGAGGAGGAGCAGGGGGCUUGGGGGACACCGGCCUGGCUCCUUCUCUCUGCUGGCUGACUGC